AUGGCUACUCCAUCUUUGUUUCCGUCCAUCGAGAUUCCGGAAGUUGAUUUAUGGGAAUUCAUGUUCGAAGGAGAGAGAUCGUUUCCCGAUAAUAAAGUUGUCUAUGUUGACGGUAUCACAUCGCGACAAUACACCUUCCAAGAUGUCCGGGAGACCGCAGUUGCCUUUGGGCAGGCCAUUCGUACCAAAUGGAACUGGAAGCAAGGUGACGUUAUGGGAGUCUUCUCCCCAAAUUGUGUUGAUACGCCGGCCGUGACAUUUGGGACGAUCUGGGCGGGCGGCAUCGUGUCACCAGCCAACCCAGCGUACUCCGUGAAGGAGCUGGCAUUUCAGCUCCGAGACUCGGGAGCGAAAGCAUUGUUGACCCAGGCCUCUUGGCUCAAGACGGCACUCGAAGCCGCCGAGGUUGCCGGUCUGCCACCGAGCCGGAUCUUGCUGAUGGGCGACGAGGAGCGCCCAGGCAUUGAGCACUUUCAACAUCUCAUCGCUUCCGCGAGGUCUUCUCAACCCGCAGCUCGGACCGUCUCGAAGCCAGACGACCUGUGUUUUCUCGUAUACUCGUCCGGCACCACCGGGUUGCCAAAGGGCGUGAUGCUCAAUAACAGGAACAUUGUUUCAAACACACUCAUGACCGACGUUGGAACACCAGAAGUAUCCGCGGACGCUGUUCUGGUGGCAGUCCUCCCGCUCUUCCACAUCUACGGCCUGGCACUCCUCGUGGUCCACUGCAUAUACAGGGGCGCCAAAACCAUAGUCCUCCCAGCCUUCAAGCCCGACACGUUCCUCACAGCCAUCCAAACGCACCAGAUCACAUUCGCCUACCUUGUCCCACCGAUCAUCCUGUUUCUCGGUAAAUCGCCCUUGGUGAACUCUUACGACCUCAGCAGCAUCAAGAUGAUUGCGUCGGCUGCGGCUCCGCUGACCACUGAUCUCAUCGAAGCGGUCUGGGGACGUCUGCACAUCCCCAUCAAGCAAGCGUGGGGAAUGAGCGAAGCUAGUCCGGCCAUCGCUACCAUGCUCGCCGGAGACUGGAGAACGACCAUGGGGAGUGUGGGAAAGGUGCUUCCCAAUCAAUCCAUCAAGAUCGUUUCCGAGGCUGGCGACAUACUGCCAGCGACUGAAAAUGGAGAGAUCUGGGUGAAAGGGCCGAAUAUCUUCCCGGGCUACUGGAAUAACCCCGAGGCCACGGCCAACUGCAUGACGGCGGACGGCUUCAUGAAAACUGGCGAUAUCGGACACAUCACUGCGGAAGGGCACGUCUACAUCACCGAUCGCCUCAAGGAGCUGAUCAAGUACAAGGGGUUCCAGGUUGCGCCUGCAGAACUUGAGGGUCUCUUGGUGGGGCAUGACUUUGUCGGCGAUGCUUGCGUGUUGGGAAUCUUUGACCCCGCGCAGGCGACUGAGCUCCCAAGGGCCUACGUGGUGAAGAGUCCCCUCGCGGCGGAGAAGGAGAUGGAGGACGAGGUGCUACAGAAGCAUAUUCUGGAAUGGGUUGACGCCAGGGUCGCUCAUCACAAGAGACUGAGAGGAGGUAUCGUCUUUGUGGAGGAGAUUCCGAAGUCUGCAGCCGGGAAGAUUUUGAGGAGGCUCUUGAGAGACAGAUUCAAGGCGGAAGAUGAUGCGAAGACGGUGAAGGCGAAGUUGUAG